AUGUCGAUUUUAGACAGUUCAUACUUUUCAUUGAAUAGACGGGCAUUGAAAUUUUAUGGACAAUGGCCUCAUCAAUCAAAACUACAAAAUCGUUGUCAUCGAAUAGUUUCAUUUUUAGCAAUAUCAAGUAUACUUAUACCAAAAAUGUAUAAAUUGAUGGAUAAAAUUCAAAAUGAUUGGGAAAGUUUAAAAACAGAUAAAGAAAGAGAAAUACUUAAUGAACAUUGGAAAAGAGGACGAUCAGGUCUUACCAUUUAUGCAAGUGCAAUAGCAGGAGUAUUAAUACUUUUUUUAACAUCACCUGGUGUUCCAAAAGUAUUUGAUAUCAUUGCACCAUUGAAUGAAUCACGUCCACGUGUAUUUCCUUAUGAAACAGAAUAUUUUGUUGAUCAAGAUGAUUAUUAUUUGUACAUAUUAAUGCAUUCAUACAUGACAGUUCCAGUUUCAAUUGGUUUGAUUGUAUUAUUUAAUACUGUUAUGGGUUCUUGGAUUCAUCAUGCAGCCGGCAUGCUUGCUAUCGUUGCGUAUCAAUUGGAAACUAUACAUAAUAUUCCUAAAUCAGAUGAACGAUUUAGUCGAUAUGAAAAAAAUCAAAGUAUUCAAAAACGAUGA